UUCAGUUGAUUUAGUUGUACGGAAAACUCAGAGUAAACGGUGCUCAGGAUGGCGAAGAAAAAGUCAAUAGUUUGGCUUGGGUUCGACGAUGAACCGAUCUUGGAGAAGGAUAAGGCGCUUCUGUCCUAUGCAACGAACAAAAUCGGAGGCCAUGCGGAUUGGCCAGCUGGUGUGGUGGAUGUAGCACCGUGUGUUUUCUGUGGCCAGCAGAGGCCACUGAUCGUGCAGAUCUACGCUCCGUUGGAUGAUUCUCAGUUUCACCGCACGCUGUACGUGUUUGCGUGUUUAAACGCACCAUGUUCGACACAAUCGCAAUCUUGGUCCUGCAUCAGGAUACAGUCUCUCGAGAAAAGCUCCCCGGGUGCGGAUAGUGCCGAAACGUGUGCCAUGAGGCUACCGGGAAAGGAGAGCACGAUAUCGUGGUGCAGUGGUGCAGACGAUUGGGAUGACGAUGAGGACGACACUCGCAUGAACAAGGAGAUGCAUGCGGACAUCAGCACAUCCAUCAUGCGGGUCGAUACCAGCAGUAGCACGGGUAACGCAGACCAGUUGCUGAACGAGGAAAACGGUAACGUCAUCCAGUACGAGAAGGUUUCUGACGAAGACGACGAAACUAACUCUAUGGAAGCCGACCCGGUUCCGGGGUUCGAAAACCUAUACGUCGACGAACGAAAUGCAAACGCGUGCGUUGAUGGGCGUUCGGUGGGGGCGACUGGCGGAGAGAUGAUUGACAACAGGUACACAGCGAAGGCUUCAGCGGAAAUCGAAGGACCGGAAACGGCGGAAGUUGUCGUGGUCGAUUCUCCCAUGACAUUGAAGCGUGAUUUGAUCGCUCUACUUAAACAGCCGCAGGUUGUUCCACUUGGCUUCGAAAAUGUUACACUGCGCGCUAUCUAUGUUAGCGUCGACGAGGAACGAUCGAGCGUACCGAUCGUCUCCGAUCACGUGCGUCAGUUGAUGAAUGAUUACCAACGCAAUGAAGAAGAAAUCACAAGCCUUGAUAGUCCGACCGAAAGUGUUGCCGCCGGUGGUAUAAUGCACGCAAAACCCACUGGCGAACAGGAGCUGUACGAGAAAGGAAUUCCGAUGCACGGUGACGUAAUGUUUCAUUCGUUUAUGAGCAAGCUGCAGGAAAACCCUGGCCAACUGUUGCGCUACUCACGCAACGCCGUCCCGUUGCUGAUCGCGCCGAUCAAGGAAAUCACCGUUCCGCCUCAUUGUCAGCACUGCAAGUGUGAGAUGAUCUGCGAAGUCCAGCUGUUGCCGACACUAAUCGAAAAGCUGCAGUUCGAGGCAAACGGAGAACGCGUUCCGAUCGACUUUGGCAACGUGCUGGUGUGGACGUGCGUUAAAAGCUGCUGGGACACACCGGACAAACUUCGUCACGAGCUAGUGCUAGUACAGGCCGAAUCCUAGGCAGGAGAUGGUUGAAUCUUUUACUUGCCUUUGAAACCCGUUUUAAGCAAUGUGACUGAGUGGCAUACGAACACGAUAUACCAAUUACGCAGUGCAGUGAACCGAAAAGCACAACGGGAACGUCGUACUGAAAAGAACCAUCGUCAAUUGGGUAGUAGAUCCCUUGUCGAAUGUAAGCGGAGGCUGAUCGAUCGGAACGUACACAUCUCAAUUGUAUUCCCCCUAUUCCUGCUGGCACAAAAGGCUGGGUGUUGUGCUAAUUCGACUGUUUUAAACCAUUUUAUAAUAGCGACGAAAAUGGACACAGGAAAGGUCCUAGUUCUCGCAUCGGUAUAGUAGUGAACGUGAUGCAUGCUAACAAGUACUCUUUAUCUCCUAGUGCAGUAGAGUUAAUGUGAUAGUAGAUAAGUGACACUCUCCGGCGCAAACAAACGAACAUUCGAGACGAAUGCUCCCCAGUUCCGUUCGCUGGUACCGUUUAUUAUAUGCUGCCAGGCCGCCAUUCUUUUCGGCUUGAAGCAGGAUUUUGUUUACGGCGCUGCGUUUGCUA